CAUUCAGAAAUAUCAACACUAAGGCCAACUCAACUCCCUCUGUUCAGUCGUCAUGGAAACUCAUAACCCAUACAAAGAACUAAGUCGAGGAGACUCUCCCCAAAUCCGUUUACUCAGAAUUGAAUCAGCGAAGAACAACGACGACGUCAUGAAAUUAAAUCUUUAUACCAAAAGCUUGGAUAAAUCGCCUCGCUUCAAAGCUCUCUCGUACGCAUGGGGCGACGAGAAACACACCAUGCCUAUCCUGCUGAAUGGUUUUCCUUUCGGCGUCACCUAUAAUCUUCAUGCUGCCCUGAAAGUCUUACGAUCGAAGCCGAACAAGGGUUUUCUAUGGGUCGACGCAAUAUGUGUAAACCAGAGAGACACUUCUGAAAAGGGCCAUCAGAUUUCUCUGAUGGGGCUGAACUUGGCCUCCCUAGGGCUGCCCUUCAUCACCUCCUCGCGGCACGGUCAGGUCACGGGGACUUUGAACAAUAUCACCAACGCUUUAACCACACAGAAGCACUACUCACCUGCUCCUGUGGAUGGGUUAAGGAGGCAGACCAUCUAGUCUACUGCCGAAAGACCCUACUGAGGAGGCAACAGUGGCCCACCCUCUACCCCUACAGCCGCCAGGAGCCCGUA